CAUGUUUGGUCAGUUUAACGGACCGGACUAGUAUUUGAUUUGUAUGGAAAGUCAAAUUUGAUGUACACAGGAGCCAUUGGAUAGGCGGUCUCCAUUAUUCGCCGACCACAUGAUCCGAGCACUUCUAGCACUGUGGUCACCCAGUGCAGUCAGCGUCAGCACUGAAGACGAGGCUCAGAACCAGAACCUGGCUCAAGCCCAAUCUGCGCGACAGAUUCGAGCUCGCUGGGGGAUGCGCCGCCAGAGCCAGAGUGGCAACGUUUAUCCCCGGUUCCGCCAUUUCUCGCGACACGCUCGAAUGAUAGCCUUUGAAAUGGCCGGUCGACAGAAUCUGGCCAAUCUGUUAGACCGAGUCGAGCCAAACUUUCACCAGCCCCAAGCUGAACAGGAUCCAGACUUGAGCGAAUCGGAGCCAGAUGAGGGGUUCUUGCUUCAGCGUUACGGAGGAGGUUACGCGGUGAUCCGCCGCCGGUGCAACUUCACCCUGCCGCGCAUUGGAAUCGACGAGCCCGUCAGCCAGCCCUUAGUGUGGCUGGCCCUGGAGACACUGGAGGCAGAAGCUUUCAAUGUAAACGACAUUCAAGGUACUCGUAGUUCCGCAGACUUUGUGGCACAGUUUUUGGUCAAAAAUCUGACCAUAGACGUCUUCAAUGCUGGGAAUCAGCCAGGCUAUGGUCCCUCCAGUGUUCGACCACCACCACCACCACCACCACCACCCCCACCAGCUGUUAACUAGAAAAAAAUCUUUCCAUAUGCCGCUCGCUUGUGCUGGUCGGUGUAAUCGGUAAUGGUAACGAAAAUUUCCCGUGAUUAAAUACACUUGACGCCAAAUUAAGAAUCCAUAUACAUGUGCAGCUCGAGGAUCGAUCUGCACUCUUCAACAAAAAUUUCCCAUGAUUACACACAUUUCAAAAAUCUUUCACCAAUUAAGAAACUAGCUUAAAAUUCAAAAGACGUUUAGCAGAAAGAGAGUAGACAACAGAGGUAUCGCCAAUCGAUGUACCACCAGCGAUGCCAAGAUUAAAUGACAAAAAAUAAUUGUUCUAUAUAAAAUUCAGCACGAAAAGUAUUGAUUAAAAUUGACAUGAACCCCAUGA